UCGCUUUAAUGGUUAACCGAAAUUGUUUAUGGCCGCCUAAAUCUUAAAGCCAGAAAGGUCGUCUGCGUGGUUCCUCCUCAAAAUGGCAUCGCUGUGUGGAAGGAUUCUUCUCCAAGUUUCUCGUCGCUCAAUCAACACAUCAGUAAGAUGUGGUACCAAAGUUCCAGAAAUGGCAGACCCCCUGGACCACGCAACUGGUUUGGAAAAAAAAGAGCUACUCGCUCGUGCUGCUGGCAAUGAUGAUCCAUUUGACAUGAAAGUAAUCAAGCGUGGACCAGGAACUAAAGAUUGUCCAAAUGAGGUACCUAGUGCAUUUGACAGCCGACUGGUUGGAUGUAUUUGCGAAGAGGAUGCAACUUCAAUAAACUGGAUGUGGCUGCACCAAGGUUCCCCUCGUCGUUGCGAAUGUGGCCACUGGUUCAAAUUGAUUGAGAAAACUCCUUUAUAAAUAUAAACGCAGGUUAAGCUAGUCGAAUGUUUGAAACAUCUACCUAGAAUUAAUAUUAUGUUAGAAAAUCGA